AUGGGUCGACCGUUUCGUGUUUCAACUUUCACUUACAAACCAUAUACUAUAGUAAACCCCGUGAUGAAAGGUAAGCCUUAUAAAAUUGCUCGUGGUGGAAAUUUUGUAGUAAAUAACGCUACCAAGGGAGCCCCAGAAGAUUCUUUAGCAUUGCUAGACGGAACAGAAGCUCGUCCAUUUCAUCUGUACUGUUUGAAAUACAACUGCACUGUUGAGUUGCUAGAUUACGAGUUUGAAAAGUGGGGAGACAUUUGGGACGAAAAGAAUGGGACAGGACUACUUGGAGCGGUUCUUAGACGCGAAGCAGACGCCGGAGUAGCAGCGCUUUGUCUCUGGUAUCAUGAGUAUCAUUACUUAGAUCUGGCUGCUCCACUUACUCGCACAGGCGUAACUUGUGUUGCUCCAAAACCAAGGCGAUUAUCUGCGUUCUUUAUGCCGGCUCAACCAUUCUCCAAAGCAUUGUGGAUUUGUGUUUUUAUAGGAUUUGUAUCUUCCAGUCUGAUGAUCUGCGUAGCUCGGGGUAAAGAUCGGCAUGAUCGAUUAGGUCAUGCUUUUAUGACUGUAAUGGGAAUUUAUCUUGCGCAAGGAGCAAUGGGAAAGGUUGGAGGAGGUGCGAGGGUUGGAAUCAUUGCACUUUUCUUAGUUUGCGGUUUAAUACUUGGCUUAAUAUAUGGGGCAGGUUUUAGCAGCAUUAUGACCGUACCCAGAUUUGAACCGCCAAUAGACUCGGUUCAUGAUUUACGAGUUAGCCAACUUCUUUGGGGAUCGACUGGGACUGGUUUCAUUUUUUCAAUGCUUGGCGACGAUCGUGAUGAUAUAGUAGCACUUUUAUCCACAUUCCGCGUGCUAACAGAAGAAGAGCUUCACAAAGUGUCUUAUGAUCGACAUUAUGCUUUGGGUGUGGAGAGAUUGCCAGCAGGUCACUUUGCGGUUGGUGAUUAUCUUACGGCAAAUGCAGUGCCCGGCUUGAGAUUGAUGCGGGAUGAUAUUUACUGGGAUCACGUUGUUGCUAUGAUGCCAAAAAGUAACGUUCAUACGCCCAAUUUAAAUAAAUUGACUCAAGAAAUUGUACAAGCAGGAUUAGUUCAUGUGUGGGAAAUGCAGGUAUCAAAUGCCCAUCAAGAUUUCAAAGUGCAACAAGGGAUACUUCUUUCAUUGCAAAGUAAAACUUCACAAGGGGAACCGGAAAUAUUAACUUUAGAACAUUUAAUUGGCGUAUUUACUAUAUGGGGACUAGGUGUUGUAAUAUCUUUGAUAUGUUUUGUGUUUGAAAUAAUUCGAAGUAAGUCUAUGCUAAAGAAAAUGUUUUAA